AUGUAUCCGAACCACAACAAGAAGGUCCCAUGGACCAUGACGCAGAUUGAUAAGGUUGUAGACAUACUCCUACGACGAGGAGCAUUCGACAACACACUCAAGGACGACCGAGACGACGACGAAACCGAUAAUGACGAAACCGAAAAGAGCGAUAGCGACACUAGCGACAGUGAUGAAAGCAGCGACGACGACAAUGGAAAGAAGAAGAAGAAGAACAAGACGAAGAAGAAGAAGGUACGCCGCGAAGCAUCACGGCAGACACCCAGUGCACGUGUCGCAGCCUUACAAGCAGAACGUAGUGCCGACGCUAGCGACAAGGUCAACCGGAAGUCUCAACGAGAGACUGAAAGCAUCCUAGAAGAAAUGGCCGCACUACCACGAACCGAUCCGAAGUAUGCCGUUUUAUACUGGAAGGCAUCCAAACGAGACGAGUCGGUCAAGCAGUUCUGGAAGCCUCCCAUAACCGACGGGGAACAACAGGGCAACACGAACAAUCGAAGUAAGCCAGCCAGGACGUUCCUCACUCAGUCUACGCCAAGCUCGGCACCUACGCAGAAGGAUAACCCACCACACCAAGCUCCCGGAAGGAGACCGUGGGCCGACCGAGGCCAGAAUACCGAUCCCGCCUGCUAUGGGUGCGGGGACGAGAAUCACCGCAUGGGUGAUUGCCCAGAAAUAACCGCGCUCCUCCGAGAAGGGGCUGUGCAGUAUCACCAGGGACGCCUCAUCCAUGCGAACGGACAACCCAUUCGCCGAAGAGGGUCAGAGCGGAUCGCUACUGCUGUACGACGCGAACGCACGAGCAUCGUCGGUACGGGAAACCCAGAAGGUUCCAGCACUGUGCCGACUCUCAGGACGAACUUCGUUAGCAUUCGGCUUGGUAGCGAUCCCGAGAUCUCCGAAUCUGACGAGAACAGUGAGAGCGAGUGGAGCGACGGUGAGAGCCGUUUCGUUGGCCUCACAACGAUGCACGACGAAGGAGACUCGGACGACGAGAGCGACGUAGUGGUCUUUGAAGCUCAAGAAACCGAGAAAAUGAAAAAGACCAAGCAACCGCCCUCUACGACGGGCCAUCGCACACGAUCCAGCACGGGAACGGCCCGCAGGCAACCGCUCAAGGACCCCGAGCAGUUCCAGUUGUCCGCACAGAAACGCAGCGGAGGAAGAACCGCGCCGCGCAUCCCAGGCGAGACAAACAAGCAUCCCGAAACGGAUAGGGCCCACAAGGCCAAGAAACACGCGCGCCUCACUGCCGAGGAGCCGACAUACAUACCGUACGCAGAGGACCUCCCCGUGAUCGACAUGGACGAUGACCGAAACUUCAUCGACGACCCGGAGGACCUCGCAGAUGAAGAGACCGUCACGCAAGAGACCGUCACGCGAGGGCAGCAAGCCCAAAUGGUAGAGGAGGGCGCGCAGACCCAGAAAUCGGCCCAGCGGGCAGCUGAAAUACGAAAAGAGAAGGCGCGCGAGGCGCAAGAUGGUGGACGGGAGGUGGUAAGAGCCAAGCCGCGUCCUAGGAUGACUCCUAUCUCGGCAACGGCCGACCGCGCGGCCGCGUUCAACGCGUGGUUGAAGUCGAACACGUCCAUCUCUGUCCGCGACCUCCUCGUCCUCUCCGACUACAGCCAGGCCGAACUCGCACAGCUCUGCAAGAAGAGAGCAUUUUUAGAUAAUGUUGUACCUGCUCACAGCUCAUUAUCCUCUCGCGUCAACCUUGCCCGCCUCGCCGCCCGCGGCCUCACGACGACGGCCAACGCAUCCACCCGAGGCGAGCUCCUCGAGUUCGAUAUUAUCUGCAAUGGAUGGCAGGUACGUGCGCUACUCGAUACAGGCUCCCAGCUGAAUUUAAUGGCUGGGAACUUGGUAGACAAGUGCAUCACGCAGGCCGUCGACCGCCAGGCAACGAUUAACCUUGAAGUCGCGAACGGCGGAAAAACAACACUCACCGGACUCAUCAAGGACGUACCUUUCAUUCUAGGUACGCAAAUACGCACGAAGGCGAGCGUAUAUCGUAUUGACGAUCCCGUCAAUUACCAGCUCCUGCUCGGACGCCCGUGGCAACGCGACCACUUCAUUAAUAUUGAAGAACGAACGAACGGUACGUACCUAGUGCUGCGAAAUACGCGCGACCGUAUUUCUUACGAAGUACUGGUCAGACCAGUCAGCCGAAACACGGUGUAUGACAACGACAACCGUAUGAGAGUCGCCGCGCCGAGCGCCAGGUCACACCUGGUUCAAGUAAGUUCGGACGAGCUCUCGAGCGGUCCCGCUCAACAUGCUAACGCAAACCCAGUACCCGCCUGUACUUCGGCUCAGGACGAGCAGUCUAGGUGCGUACGCGAGCACGCGUCUUGCGCCCAACACGCCAACGCGGUUCUCACUGUGACCGCGCAGGACCUUCGCAAUAAUAACGACGGACCAGCGCCGAGCGGCGUAGACCCUAGCGCGGACCAGCAACCUCUCGAACCUUCUCCUACAAGUCGUACGGCGAAGGGAAAGUUCGACGAGGACCUAGAAGGAGAAGACUGGUGGCCAAGAAAACGUACGCUACGUAUAAAAGCGAGACGUGGUGAGCGGUUUAACUUCAGAAACCGCAACUACUCUCUCUUACCCGUUCUUCAGCCAACUCAGCCCUCAGCCUCCUCCUCCUUCGACCUCACGCCUCGAAUUCCCACUUAUUCUGCGCCGCCGGUCAACGCUUCCCUCUAUCCGUUCAAGUCCGAGACUUGUACUCCGCCCGCUCAGCUCUACGCCUCGCAAGUCGACGCCUCAGGUUCGUACUUAACCCGUCCCUACGUAUUCCGUGUUAACGAGCUGGUGCGCUCGCAGUACACCUUACCCGCGCCGCCGGUCGACACCACCUGCUCGCUAUUCACGUCAACGCCAACGUCUUCGCUAGCCGAGGCUCUCUCGUUCAAAAUUCACGACCCGUCGCAAGUCGAAUUUCGUGAUUCGAUUGAUCUUGUCUUGCAAGAUUUUUCUGAGCCUUCCUUUCGCCACCACCCUCAAGUUCCCUACCCUUACCAUCUCCGCGACCGUAUACGCGCCACCAUGCAGGCCACCACCCCCGUCCAUUCCACCAACAUGCUGUCGCUCUCGCACUGGCUCAGCGGUACCUCUGCGCCCGCCGCCGCACCCAAUCCCGACGACGAACCCGUGUACCGCUCGGGCGACCCGUUCGACCCGUCUCGCGGCCUUGCCUUCGCUAAGCGAUGCACGCUCGGAGACGAAGCGCCGCCGCCUGGGCUCGAAGCCGCCUAUAACAACGAGAUUACCGUCUUCUCGCCCCGAUCGUUCAUCGUCAGCGCCCGCCGCCUCACCUUCACCGACGACGGCGACGACAAGGCCGUGCUCGAAGUCGUCAUGGUGAACCCGCUCAUCACCAUUCAGACCGACCCAGGCGAUCUCACAAGUGCUGCCGUGUGGACCGGUCUCGCUGGCCCCGUUCACGGCAUUGAGUCGCCCGACAUCCUCCGUAGCCGGUUCCGCGUCCGCGGCGUGUUUGUCGCCCAGAUCUUCAUGAGCGAACAGCACGUACGACAGAACCUGCUCACAGAACCGCACACCGACGUCUCUCUCGACCGCGUCUCGUCCACCCAGGGCGAGCUUCCGCAUUGGCUCCCGCCGAUGAUCGCCGACGACCCGGCCUUGGCCGUCACGCCCAUGAAUCGUGACUUCGAUAGCGUCGUCGCUCUCGCUCAGCAAGCUCUCACGUACGCGCCGAGUACCGCCCUCGCCAUGCUCUUCCACGAGAGCCGCCACAUCUUCUCCGCCGAACCGCCUUGCACCCAGAAUGGCAUUCGGGCUCUCGACCUCGUGCUCACCAAGGGUGAGAUGUGCAUCGUCAACGGCACCCACGAGUGCGGCUUUGACUCCGAAGGAGGACUCGGCCGCCUAAUCAACACUACCCCGCUCGAGACUUGCGUCGAGCACACGCUCUUUAGCUCCUACCCCGAAUGCCAUGGUUCGGCCGUCACGUGA